AUGGCCAACACUUUUCUACGCUUCUCUCUGAAACGCCUCAAAGACUUUAACCCUCCUGCUGUGCUCCUACUGAGUACCCUGUCUAGUCAGUCCACAAAACAGGCCUUUUUCAUGAGCCACGUGGACUGGAAAGAAGAAGACUCCCAGCAGAGCACCUCAUUACAGAACCAGACCAUUAACGUCAUUCUGUUUGGAUCACUGGCCAAAGACUUCGAUCAAGCUGGCAGUCAAGGGGAUGUGGUGGUGGCCUCUGGCUUCACUGUGACCAAAUCUUCCACAGUUUCUGAGCACAACCUGCACCCCUGUAAUCUGCUGCUGUCAGGAGACGACGCCUGUCUUUAUGUGUCCCGCCUGUCGCCUCCUCCUGACCCCAGAUCCCCAUUGGCCAACAAGAGAAGUGCCACACUUUCCUCAGAGGUUUCCAGAAAUACCAAAACCCCCAAAUAUACAUAUGAAGGACUGGGCAACCUGAAGAGUGGAUCAGUCGUCAACGUGUACGGAGUGGUGGUCUUCUUCAAACAGCCGUUCAAGAGCAGGGGAACAGACUACUGCUCCAGCCUGAAGAUCACCGAUCAGUCCAACCAGAAGAUUGGCUGCACAAUCUUCUGUGAGAAGCUGGAGGAACAUCCCAAAAUCUUUCAAAUCGGAGACAUUGUCCGCAUGCACAGAGUCAAGGCUCAGUGCUUCAACAACUCUAUCACGCUCGUCAACACGUUCGGUUUCUCUGUAGUGACGUUUGACGGGGCGGUGGGUGCAGCUGUGGAGCCACGGACGUCCAGCCGCUCCUUCCACUUUGACCAAGAGGUCCGUAGAACUGUGGACGAGUUGCGAUCUUGGGCAGCCAGCCAGACUCUCCUGCCCGCAGUGACCACAAUCCCACUGUCUGCAGUUGAGCCCAAGGCUUACUUCGACUUGACCUGCCAGCUGCUGGCCAAAGCCCCCAUCGACACCACCUGCACCCUGCUGAGGGUGUGGGACGGGACCAAGUGUCCACGAACUCUGCUGAAGGUGAUAGUUGAGCCAAAUGUCACAGAGGGGCCGUCCUUCUUCUCCAAGAAGAAAGAGGAUCUCAUCGCCAACAUUCUUGUCUACGACAACCAUGUGGAGUUCGCCAGGCAGCUGAAGGCUUGUGCCCCACAAUCAUACCUGACACCCCAGUGCUCCCACUACAACCCUCCUCCUUUUAUUUCCAUUCUAGCCCUUGAAGCCUUCCCAAGCGACAGAGAUGAGGAUUCACUGAACGACACGGAGCUAUUGGAAAUCUGGAGCACUCCACCGGAGUCUUUAGGUUUGACACAGCACUGCAUAGAUGGUGAGAGAGCGGAGUGCAGCACAGAGAGAAGCUGCAGUCACAACUUGCAGCCAGUGACGCUGUCCGAGCUGAAGCGGUCUGAUCCAGGUCAAAUUCACCACGUCACAGUCCAGCUGAGAUCCUACGAGCCGCACAGACUUCACCAGGCUCUGAAACUCUACUGCAGCAAGUGCACGUCUAUGCUGGAUGUCCCAGAUGAUGAUCUGGUAGCUGGUCUCUUUUCGAAGGCCUCCAGGGACUCUGGAUCCUGCACUCCCCCACCGUGGAUGUUCUCUGGGAAGGUUGACGUCCCCGCAGGGUCUGCGGAAUCUCAGAACCGAUCUCUGAGUGUUCACCUGUCAGCCCAGCUCGUGUCUGAGGGCAAAACCAAAGAGCUCAUCUUCCUCAGUGGUUCGACUCUGGAGGAAACAUGUCGACUUGCAGCCGGGUACCAGAACAUCAUCCCCGUGAGGUCGUCAGGCGAUCACCUCGCUCUGCUUGACAUGUCUGCACCUUUCCUGUUCAGGGGCAGAAAGAGAUAUUACGGGUGUAAGCGGUGCUCUGAGGCGGCAGUGAGGGAGCCGCGUGCUGAAGGAGUCGAGGUGAUCGAUGAGAAGAUCGUUGCAGAAGCUCUUGGUGUCCAGCUGCUCCAGUACGUGCUGCUGAUGAAGCUCGAGCUGCAGGACGCCACUGACACGCUUGAGGUCUUCCUGUGGAGAGACGCCGAGUUGUUCUUCAGUGUGACAGCGGAGGAAGCAGCAGCCAAUCAGGAGGCUCAGAAAAGUAUCCAUCAAACCAUGGAUGCCCUUUGUCCACCAGGGGGCAGUGCAGGUGGGCGCCCUUGGCUCAAUUUGUGUCUGACAGCGUACCGAACCACGAAUGACGAGGGACAGAACCAAACCUGUUACCAGAUCUGCCACACCGCCGUCGCCAGACCCUCCUCCCCCACACGGUCUGAACCUGACCCCGCCUGAGUCCCUGCAGGUCGGGGGUCACCGUCAAACCAGUGUCCUGCAGGAAAAACGCUGUCACCUCCUCUGUGUUAUAUUUGUAUUUAUAUACUGUAUAAAUAAAUAUGUAAAUAAAAUGUUGUCUCAAACUUUUAGAAACCUGCUGACUGACAUGUGACAGAACUUUAAUGACUCUUUCAAAAUAAAA